AUGGGGGAUCCUCUUCGUGUGAUCGCCUGGGUUGCGGGAGCAGGAGUGUCGUCUGCUGCUUUCGGCAAGCCUUCCGGCUCGUUUGGAACACCUUAUCAGGCCGCCCCGGAUCAUUCUCAGGUGCUGCAGCAGUGGGUACAGCGAGCAGCCCACUUCCACAGCAGGCUGGGAUCUGACGUGGCUCCAGCUGACGUGGCACCAGCGUCAGCUGUAGCGGACUUUUGGCGGGGUGUCAGGGCAGCAGUGGAGGCGGCAGAGGAUGUGGCUAUAGCGGGGGGUGAGGAGCAGCAGACGGGCGUGACAGUGUCUGUAGGCGCGUGUGACUUAGCUGCAGUGCGACAGCUGCAGGGAAAUGCGAGGAAGCGAGUGGCAGCAACAGAAGCGAUGGCGCAGCAGGUGGGGGCGUUUGAAUCCACGUUGCUGCUGCUGCUUCCCUGCUGCUGCUUCCCUGCUGCUGCUUUUCCCCUCCCACUCCUUUCCCCCCUCCCAUUCCCUUGCCCCCUCCCAUUCCCUUUCCCCCUCCCACUCCCUUUCCCCCUCCCACUUCCUCCCCCCUCUCACUCCCGUUCCCCCUCCCAUUCCCUUUCCCCCUCCUACUUCCUUUCCGCCUCCCACUCCCUUUCCCCCCUCCCACUUCCUUUCCGCCCCCCACUCCCUUUUCCCCUCAAACUCCCUUUCCCGCUCCCACUCCCUUUCCCCCCUCUCACUCCCUUUUCCCCUCCCACUCCCUUUCCCACUCUCACUCACUUGCCCCCUCCCUCCUGCAGGGUCGUCGCCAAUCAAGGACUCACACUCCAUAGGCUUUCCGCUACAGCUGCUACAGCUGCUCCCGCUGCUACAGCCGCUACAGCCGCCUCAGUCGCUACAGCCGCUACAGGCGGGGAGGAGGAGCAAUGGGAAGAUCCCUUGGUGUUGGCCGUGGGAGGGGUGGUGGGAGCAGCGGCUGCGGCACUUAAGAGCUGGCUAAGUGUCGUUGUGGAGGGGAGGAAGGGGAGGAAGGGAGGAGUGGGAGGAGGUGGAGGUGCGGGGAAGGUGGCAACUGGUGCAGGUGCAUCUGGUGGGCAUGUACUGUUACAGCCGCCCAAGGCUGCUCUAGCUGAUUUAAGGGAGGCUCGUGAUGUGCUGGACGUGUGGCGGCAUGAGCUGGCACGGCUGCACUCGCGCCUAGUCAGCGUCGUCUGCCGCUCCCAGCUGACGUCAGCACACGGCCGCAUGACCUGGCAACCGGCAUCGCCAGCUCAGCUCCCAGGCCAGGACCACACGAUGGCCCCUGCUGACGUGGCAAUGGCGUCUGCUUGCGCUUUCCUGGACCAAGCGAUAGACAUUCGGCAGCAGCAUGAGGGGUGGGAGGAGGCGAUGACAGCAGCUGCGCUGGUGUGCGACCUGGAAGCUUCCUCAGGCAUCAGCAACACCGGUGGUGCUGACGUGGACAGAUGGAGGCGCUUCCUGGAGCCACUCACAGACAGCCACGUGGCAGACAUUCUCGAAGGCGACCUUGCCAGCUGGCGGGCGGCGCAGGGCAUCUACUGGGCGGCAGUGGCUUCCGAGGAGGAGGCACUGGCGGGGCUGCUGCAGGCGCGACUGGGGGAGGUGCCAUCCGCCAUGGGGCGGCUGCAGCUGCUGGCGCAGUGCUCGUCCUUUACUGCGCUGCCGCGGGUGUCAGCAUGCCUGCAGCACGACUUGCAGCAAAUGCUGCACGAGGUGGCGGCAGACGUGCGAGCACUGGAGGAACAGCUAUGGCACCCAACCGCAGCCUGCCACGUGUCCUCCCUCGCCCAGCUCAGGGGCGUGCCACGUGUCGCCGCCUCAGUGGCCCGCGCCAAAGCCAUUCACAGGAAGCUGAGGGCGCUAGAUGCGGCCCUGCACGCUCUGCUGGGUGACAGCUGGCGCAGCGGGAUUGGCCGGGCGGGAAGGGGAGGGAGCAGGAGGGGGAGGGGGGCCGGGGGGGCGGUGGGGAUGGGUGGAGAUGGGGAGGGAGGGGUUGAGUGUGGUGGGGCGGGGUGGGGAGCGGUGACGGACGGUGGGCUACGGAGGUCGAUUGCUCGGCUGCUGGAGGAGGCGUUGCAGCAGACGGACCCUCAGAAGACCGUCAACCAGUGGCUGCAAGAAAAGCUCGCUCCCCACACUGGCAGCACCAAUAGCAGCAGCAUGAGCGCGGAGGAAGCAGAGGAGGCACUGAGGGGCCCUGUGCUCGCCCCCUGCUCGUCCCGCCCGCCCCUGGCUGACGUCAGCAACAGCAGCGCGGCUACAGCUGGGGAGGAGGGGCAGGCGGAGCCGCUGCUACAGCUGCAGGUGCAGUACAAGGCAAGCCUCCUUCACUCGAGUGAAGAAGUCCGCUCCCUUAGAGCGUCCGGCUUCAACAUCCCGCACCACCUGCUCGCCUGCGCCCUCUCCGCCUCUGCUGCCGCCUCCUCCGCCUCCACCAUCUCCCCUCGUGCCUGCUCUUCAAACCACUUGACCCCCUGCCCUCUGCCCCUCUGCCUGUGUGCUCCCUGUGAAACCCUACUCCAUGCCCCCUCUCCCCCCACCAGGUGCAGUACAAGGCAAGCCUCCUCCAAUCAAGUGCAGUACAAAACGAGCCUACUGCACUUGAGCGAGGAGGUGCGAUUGCUGAGGUCAUCCGGAUUCCACAUCCCCCACCACCUGCUCGCCUGCGCCCUCUCCGCAUCUGCUGCCGCCUCCUCCGCCUCCACAAUCUCACGAGCGCUCGAGAGCUUUGCUGACGUCAGCGCUGGCGUCAGCAAGGGCGUGCUGCCGCUGGUGGCGGCGUCAAGAGAAGCGGUGCUGGGGAUCAUGCAGAGCGGCCAGGGCGUGGUGUGGAGGGAGGAGGACGAGGUGGACGAGUUCGCAGUGUGCCUGUGGGAUGCAGAGGAGGCAGCUUGGCCAGGGCGUGGUGGGUCAGCUACCUAUCUCAACCACUCCUUUGUCCCCCGUUGUUCCCCCCAUGCCCUCACUGCAGGCCAGGGCGUGGUGUGGGAGGAGGAGGACGAGGUGGACGAGUUCGCUGUAUGCCUGUGGGAUGCUGUAGAGGCGUUUUCAUCUGCAGUUGCUGCGGCCAAGGAGAGGCACGAUGCGGCAUGGCAGUGCCUUGAGCGGAUUCGUUCCUGUGCCUAUAAGGACCUGCCAACUCAUCUCCGCCAGCUGGCGCACGCGGUGAUCGCAGCGAUCUCCCGGCUGCCUUACCCUGCUGCCACGUCAGCUUCCACGUCAGCAGAGUGGCAGCGUGAGGUGGCUGCCACGUGGGCGGCCCCACUGAUGACGCAAGCACAGGCGGUGGUGGUGAGAGAGAUUGAGGCUGUGCUUUCACUGCAUAAGCCCUCUGGUGUAGGGAAGGAACGUGCAGGUGAGGGAGCAGACUCAGCAGGGGCAGCAGGGGCAGCAGGGGCGGCAGGGGUAGUGUUAGGGGACUUGAAGGGGGAAGAUGGGAGUGAGACUGAGUCGUUUGUGCUGCAGCUGCUGCAGGAGCAGAUGGGGAUGCUGACGCACCGAGUGACUGUGAGGGGGUCAGACGCAGGGGCGGUGAGAGUGGAAGGAGGAGGAGCGAGUGGCAGGAUGGAAGUGGAGGUACAGCCUCCUCUUUCUGAGUCUCAGCAGCGGCUGCAGGACUGUGUUCAGCUGCUGCUCGCUCCCGCUCUCUCUGCUGCUGCAGAGGCCAAUAGCGUCCUCUCCUCUGCCUCUGCUGCUUUUAUGCUCUCUCUCGCUCCCUCUGCUGUUGGAGAAUCAAGCCUCCUCCUCUCCGCCUCUGCUUACCCUCCUGCUGAUGUCACCCCCACGGCCGCUGGUAACUCCAGUGACGUCAGCAGCAACGUCAGCGCGGAUAGCUAUCACAGCACGGCGAGGGGCGGGGCUAGUGUGGGGAGUGUGUUAGUAGUGAGCUGUGUGGUUCCAGCCCGCCUGGAGGCGUGUGCGUAUGGGGUGGUGGAUGCGGUGGUUGGGGCGGCUGAGGGGUGGGUGGGCGAGUGGAGGGUGAGAGUGGCGCAGGCGGAGGGGAAGCUGGAAAGGUGCGCCCGUCCUGCUGCUGCUGUAGCUGCUGCUUCUGCUUCGGCUGCUGCUGCUGCUGCUGCUGCUGCUGCUGCUGCUGCUGCUGCUGCUGCUGCUGCCCCAGCUGCUGUUAGCGAAAGUUGCAACACCUCCCUUCCCCCGUCUUCGACUGAACUCUGGCGUUCCCUUAUGAACGAAAUUCAGCAGGUUCGGAACCAGCUGGCUGCCAAACCUGCGGUGGUUAGGUUCGGCGCAGCUGACCGAACCUCGCUCUUAGCCGUGGACGCAGGCUCAGUGAGGGAGGCACUGGUGGGUCGGUGUGAGGCUUGGAUUCGGGCGGCUGAGGAGGAUAUAGAAGGCAGGGCGGUUCGGGGAUGUAACGAGGUGAUAAAAGAGGUGCAUGUGGGGGAGGUGGGGAGGUGUAUGGAGGAGCUUGAGACGUGGUGGGACGCUGCAGCUCCUACUAGUGUGGAUUGCUCUAGGGGAAGAGCUGCUGGCGCGCUGGUGCAGUGCGCACGCUUAGUAGGGCAGCUUAAAACGAGGAUAGAGCUCGUGAGGAGAGCGAUUGGGCUGGUGGGAGGGGCGGGCAGGGAGGAGGAGGAGGAGGUGGGGAGAGUGGAGGGGAGGUUGGAGAGAGUGGUAGAAGAGGGGGAGGAGAUGCAGCGUAUGUGGCUGUUCAUUAAUAAUCUUUUGGAUGUUAUUGCCUCUGUGGAGGGGAUUAGGGUUGCGGAUUUCAACCCUGAAUCGGACUUAACCCCUCUGCACUCCGCCUUGAGCGACGUGAACCAGGAGGAGGAGGUAUUCGGGCAGCACGGUGCGUUCCGGGCAGUUCAAUCGGCUGCCCGGAAACUAAUUGCGAGCCUAGGUCUGGUGUCGAAGCUAGUUAAAGCCUCGCUGCAAGAGGCCCAUUGGAGAGCCCUCGCCCGAGCGUUGGGGUUCCAAGCCAAGGGCGGGCUCGGCGCCGGAGGUACCCUGCAGGUUCGGGAUCUGGUCCGGGCGCUGGGAGGCUUGGAGGGGCGGGCAGCGGCGGAGCAGGUGUUAUCUGCCGUCCAGGGGGAGGUGGCACUGAGACAGUUUAUGGAUAAGGUUGAAAAGGAGUGGGGCGAGCAGGAAUGGGCGUUCAAGGGGUUUAGAGACAAGUGGAAAAUCGUGGGGAAUCUGGGGGUGGUUGGGGAAAUGGUAUUGGAGCAUUUGAGUAUGCUGGGGGCAAUGAAACAGUCUCCCUUCUUCCCGCCGUUUAGAGAGGCUGUGAGGGAGUGGGAGGGGCGGCUGGGGCGGCUGAGUGAGCUGGUGGAUGCCCUAGCAGACGCGCAGUCCAAGUGGGUCCGUUUGGAAGCACUCAUGACGUCACCUGCCGUCCGGUCGAUGCUACCUGAUACACACCGCGCCUUCCACGAAGCUUCCCUCCCGUUCACGGGGUUUUUGGGGUCGCUCGCCACCCGCCCUCUUGCGAUCGACCUGGUGGGUUUGGCGGAAGAGGACGACGGUGCCGGGCGGCGAGUUUUGGCGGUUUGUGCGGAGGUGUUUGGGCGGGUGCUUUUGGAGGUUCAGGCGCAUCUGGACAAACAGAGGCGGAUGCUGCCAAGGCUGUACUUCCUGGGAGACGAUGAUCUGCUGCAGCUCAUCUCCGCAUCGCCCUCAGACCUCUCUGCAGUGCACGUGCACAUUCGAAAGCUCUUCACAGCAGUCUCGGGCAUUGAAGUAUCGGCAGUCUCUGAUACCAUUUUGCCAGAGAAGAGUACAGCAGAGGAUUUAGUAGUGACACCUUCAGGAGACGCAGGGAAGAGAGUAUUUAUCACGGCAGCUCUUUCCGACGGGGAGAGGCUCGUGCUGCACCGACCAGUGGAGCUUGUGGAAGGUUCUGCCACGUCAGCGGAUGCCACGUCAGCGGGUGCCACGUCAGCGGAAGGACAGAAGCCUGCAGGAGCCACCAAGUGGCUGCUGGAUCUCGACGUGGCGCUGCGGACGACUCUGAGCGACCUGGUAGUGUCAGCGGUCGCUGAGCUGGCUGCGUGUGACUGGCUGUUCACUGCUGGAGCUGGGAAGCAGGAGAAGAGCAAAUGGAGCGGGAAGAAGGGAAGAGCCGGCGGAGUGAGGAUGGGCGGUAGCAGCAGGAGGAACGGAGGAAGGUUCCUCGAGUGGCUGGGGAAGCUGCCUUUGCAGCCGGCGCUGCUGGCUCUACAGGUGAGCUGGACGGCACUAGUUGAAGGGAUUCUGACAGGCGAGGGAGGAGAAGGAGGAAAGGAGGGCGGAGAAGGCGGAGGGGAAGGGGUGCAAGGAAAGGGAGGGAAGGAAGCAGGGAUAGAGGCGCUGGUGCGUGGGCUGGAGGGGCUUCUGCAGUGGCUGGCUUGCGCUGUGAGGGAGAGGAGAGAGCUAGCAGGAGGGGCAGGUGGGGCAGGGAGUGCAGGCGAAACAGGGAGAGCAGCAGGGGGAGUAGGAGGGGCAGCAGGUGGCGAGGAAGGGAGGCUAAUGGAGGCGAAGUGUGAGGCGGUGAUCACUGUGCUGGUUCAUCUGCUGGAGAGCAGUAAGGCGCUGCUGGUGGAGCAACGGCAGGAGCAGGCACGAUCAGAGAAGGAGGAGGAGGAGGAGGAUAAGGAGAAUAUGGAGUGUGCAGGGCAGCAGAAGCAGAAGCAGAAGCGGAAGGAGAGGAAGCAACACGGGCUCUCUCUCUCCUCCUUUGCCUGGCGGAAAUGCCUCCGAUACUACCUCAACCCCUCCCUCCCUCCCCUCAGCCGCCUCUCUGUUCAAAUCGCAGACGCCUCUUUCACCUACGGGUUUGAAUACUCUGGCUGUACUCCCUCCCUCGUCCGCACCUCCCUCACGGACCGCUGCUUCCUCGCACUUUCCCAAGCGCUCUGGCACGGCCAGGGUAGCGCUCUGAUUGGCCCAGCCGGCACGGGGAAGACGGAGACUGUCAAGGCGCUCGGGCGGCAGCUCGGGCGGCCGGUUUUGGCGUUAUCCUGUGAUAGGAGUUUUGAUAGUGCGGCGGUGGGGCGGGUUUUGGAGGGAGUGGCGAGGCUGGGCGCGUGGGGGUGCAUGGAUGAGUUCAACCGGUUGGACGAGAGUACAAUGUCUGCAAUUUCACAACAUCUGGUGGCCAUUCAGGGCGCGCUGAGGGAGGGAAGGAGGGAGGCCGUGCUGGCUGGCACUACCGUGCCUGUCCACCCUGCUACUGGCAUAUUCGUGACGCUCAACCCACGCUAUGCAGGCAGGGACCACCUGCCUGAGAGCCUCUCUGCCCUCCUGCGGCCUCUGACAGUCGCCACCCCUGAUGCAUGCGCCAUCGCCCAUGUCACUCUGCUGUCGUGCGGAUUCUCACAUGCGGAGAGGCUGGCCGAUGCUGCAACUCGAAUCUUCCAGGAGUCUGAGGAAUGCUUGGACCCCCAGCCUCAGUACGACUUCAGUCUGAGAGCGCUCAAAGCAGCUCUGAAAUCUGCAAGGUCCAUUAUGCUGGCGCAAACAGAAUUGGAGGGGGGCGCGAGUGAGAAUGAGAGUAAGGAGAGGAAAGAGGAAGUGGAAGAAGGUGCGAUUGAGGUUGAGAGCAAGGGGAUGAGCGAGGUAGUGGAAGGGGGUGCGAUUGAGCGUGAAAAGGAAGGGAGGGAAAGUGGUAUGGAGGAGGUGUGUGAGGGAGAGAUGGAGGUGAAGGGUGAGGAGGGUAGGGAGGAGGGAUGUGUGGAAGAGGAGGAGGGGGGAAGUGUGAGAUCAGAGGAGAAAGAGGAGUUUUACGAGACAGAGGAUGGGGAGCAAGGGGUGGAUGAAGAGGGGAAGGAGGAGGUGAGGCAGGAGGAGGAGGAGGAGGAGGAGGAGGAGGAGGAGGAGGAGGAGGAGGAGGAGGAGGAGGAGGAGGAGGAGGAGGAGGAGGAGGAGGAGGAGAAGAAGGAGGAGGAGAAGGAGGAAGGGGAGGAGCCGGAGGUGAGAGAGGAGGUGUUGCAGGUGGAAGAAACAGAGGAGGGAGAAGGGGACGGAGAGGAGGACAUAGUAAAGGAGGUAAAGGAGGAGGUAGAGGAGGAGGAGGAAGAGGACGAAGGGGCCCACCGUGUGUCGAGAUGGCCGUUGGAAUCCCGAUCCCUGGUCCAGGGCAUUUUCGGCCAGCUGGCAGCCAAGCUGGCACCUGCUGACGUGGCAACCUUUCGGGAGGUGGUUUCCCGGAACCUUCCGGACGUCACUGUGGAGGAGACGGGCGAUGCUGAGCUGGCAGCGGCGGUGGAGGCCGUGUGUGAGAGGGAGGGGUACGUGGCGAGCUGUGAUUGGACGAGGAAGGUGCUGCAGAUGGCGCGGCUGAUGGGGCUGCAUCAGGGGAUCAUGCUGGUGGGCCCGCCUGCUGGGAAGACCACUGCUUGGAGAGUGCUGCGUGAAGCCUUACAGGCAUCGCAAGGUGUGCAGGUGUUGGUGACAGUGGUGGAUCCAAAGAGUCUGUCCAAGGAGGCGCUGUUUGGGAGCGUGGAGGCAACCACUCGGGAGUGGCAGGACGGCGUGUUCACCCGGGCUUUAAGGGCCGUUGUGCGGGAGUAUGAGGAGGAGAGGGAGCGGGCGGCGGCUGUCGAGGCGCAUGAGAGGGCUUUAAGGGCUGUCGUGCGGGGGUCUGAGGAGGAGAGGGAGCGGGCGACUGGAAGAGAGGAGGUGGCGGAAGGGGCGGAAGGGGGGGAACCGGAGAGUGAGAGGGAGAGGAGGGAAGGGAUGGAAGGGGAAGGGGAGCAGGGCGAUGGAGGGGAGAUGCAGCAAAGAACAGGAGGGAAUGCGGGGAGGGGCGUGGAGUGGCGGCGGCGGCACUGGUUUGUGUUUGACGGGGAGGUGGAUCCCAUUUGGAUUGAGACGCUCAACUCGCUGCUGGACGACAAUAAGGUUAUGACGUUGCCAACAGGGGAGCGCCUGCCUCUCCUCCCCCACAUGCACUGCAUAUUCGAGUGCCCCUCUCUCGCCCACGCCACUCCUGCCACCAUCUCUCACGAGCAUCUGGAGCUGCUGCCGCCCGGCCUGCCACAGCCGCUGCUACAGCCGGUGCUGGCUGUGGCUCUGGCGGCGCUACAGCCGGGCGGGCUGCUGCAGCAGGCUCUGGAGGCUGCUGCUACUGUCACAGGCGCUGGUACUGCUGCUACAGCUGUCACUGCUACAGCCGCUACAGCUGCUGCAGCUGUUGCAAGAGCCGGUUUUGCUGCAGGUUCGGCCGAGGCAGAUUCCAUUCCUUUUGAUUCCAUGCGUGCCCUUCGCUCGGUGUUCCUGUACUACUGUUACCGAACCUCGGACCUCUACCGAACCUCCAUCUCCCAAGCCACGCCUUCCAAGAGUGAUGCGCUUGAAACAGCAGGUGUGCGGAGCGGUGAAGGGGGGGUGAAGGGAGGUGCGAAUGGGUCUAUUGCGGUGGUGGGGAGAUUUACUAGGAAAGCAAUGGUAGAGGCGAUUAUGGCAGGGGUUGCAGGAGGAAUGGGUGUUACCUCUCGCUCUGCCUUUGCAGACCGAUUAGCUGGUAUUUUGGCGUCGGACGGUGAGGGAAAGAAUGAAGUGUCGUGUCGUGCCACGCCAGAGCAGCUGCUGAGCUGUUUCGCUGACGUGGCGAGCGGGCAUUGGAAGCCGUGGGAGGCUGCCCUGCCGAGAUUGGCUGAUGCUGAUGCUGCUGUUGGGGGGUGUUUCGGGGAUGAGGGGGAGGAGGAGGGAGAGGAGGAAAGUGUGGAGGAAGAGGAGAGGAGUACGAGUUACAGAAGGCACUGUCGGUAUGUCAAGCUCCCUGCUGGUGGUGCUCGUGGUGCUGGUGGUGUUGGUGUUGGUGCUGCUGGUGGGUCACACGAAACAGCAGCAGCAGCAGCAGCAGCAGCAGCAGCAGCAGCAGGAGUGGUUUCGACAUCAGCAUCAGCAUCAGCAUCAGCAGUGGCAGCAGCAGCCGCCACUUCCAGCAUCAACUGGGCGCUAGAGCCUAAGGACCCAGUACCAGCAGACGGCCGUCUGCUGCUAUUGUUAGAUGAGGUGAAUCUCCCCGCCCCUGACGCUUUUGGCACCAUCCGCAUGGCCGGCCUGCUUCGGCAGCUAGCGGAGCCGCAGCUGAUUCCGCAGGCGGCGGCGACCUGCAAUCCGGCUUCAGACGUUGGCAGGCAUGAACUACCUGUACGCCUUACAAGGCAUCUCACUGUUGCUCAUGUUCCGUUCCCAUCCGGCGCGGCUCUGAAAAGGAUCUACAGCACCUUUAUAAGGGGGAUAUUGGCCCGGUACGGGGCUGGGGUGGCAGCGGAGGCGCAGGCGGAUCCUCAGGUGGUUUCUCAGGUGGGAUCUCAGGUGGGUCCUCAGGUGGAUUCUCAGGUGGAUUCUCAGGUGGGUGCGAUCCUGGCAGCGGCGAUGGUGGAGGUGUAUGAGGCGUGUGGGGCGAGGUUCACCCGGGCAGUGCAGCAGCACUACGUGUGCAGUCCUAGGGAGCUCACCAGGUGGACUAGAGGCAUCCGAUUCGCUCUGGUGCAUGGGCAGAAAGCGGUUAAGAGGGGUACGGGGGGAACGGGAGGCGAGCGGACGGAGAAAGGGGCGGUUGAGAGGGGUGACAAGGGUGGAGUGAGUGGUAAGAGUGGUAAGGGGCGUGUGGGCGCUGGUAGUGCUGGUGGCGAUGCGAGAUUGGGCUCUGGUGGGGGGGUGACUGGAGCAACAAGUGCAAAUACAGGCGCUGGUGCUUCUAUAGGUGGUGAUGGGGAGAGCAGCUGGGCGGCAAGGCUUGUCCUGACGUGGCUGCAUGAGGGGAUGCGGAUCUGGUAUGACAGGCUGGUGGGGGAGGAAGAGAGGGAGUGGACGGCGAAGCUGCUUUUGCGGGUGGCAACAGAAAAGAUACUCCCUAUGCUCGUGCCUCUUGUAGGGAAUUCCCUUGUAACGAGUACAGGGAAUCCUGUUGCUGUUGCUGAUGGUGUUUCUGAUAGUGUUUCUGCCACGCCUUUCUCGCUACCUGCCGACCCGAGCCGGUUGGUGUUUUCGUCUCUUCUGACGGGGCGGUACGAGCCGUGCGCAGUGAGCCACCUGAAAAAGCACUUGAAGUGGGCCCUGACAGGGGAGGUCCCGGAUGCUGCAGGAGGGACAGGUGCUGGCCAGGUGAAACCAGGUGUUUCUUCAGGUGCUGGGGCAGCAGAAAAGGGCGGGGACAGGAGAGGAGGAGCAGGAAAUCGGGCAGCAGGCAGCAGAACAGGGGAGGUGGAGGAGGAAAUGGGGAGGAAGGUUUUGGAAGAAUUGGAAGAAUUGGGGGUGGAGAAGGGGGAGGAGAAUGGGAGGGAGGUGCAAGCGGGGGAGGUGGUAUUGACUGAUGAGUUUGUGUGUGCGGUGGUGAGAGCAGCGUCGGUGCUGCAGCAGCCCAUGGGGCACCUGCUGCUGCUUGGUCCUCCUGCAACUGGAAAGUCUACUGUUGCCAGAUCCGCAAUCGCUGCGACGGGAUUGGUGGAGGUGCGGGUGGCGCUGCACGCAGGAUUCGAGGAGCGCGAGCUGGACGGCCCGCUGGAGGAGGCGCUGCGGGCGGCAGGGUGCGACGGGCGGCGCGCUUGUCUUGUUCUGGAGGAGGCGCAUCUGGUGGAGAGUGCCGUCUUGGAAAGGCUCAACUCGCUUCUCACAGGGGGGGAUGUUCUUGGGCUGUUUGGAGCAGAGAAGCAGCAGGAGCUGCUGGAAGCCCUCCGGCUGGCCGGCGAGGCGGAGGGAAGCGAGGAGGCAGCAUGGGCAGCCUUCAGGAGGAGGGUCCAAUCCAACCUGCACGUGGUGCUGACGAUGACCAGCCAGGGCAGCGCGCACAUGCGACAGAGCAUGCUGGCGUCGCCAGCCCUCUUCAACCGCUGCACCGUGCUCUGGCUGCCGCCCUGGGGGGACAAGGGUCUGGCUCCGCUUGCUCGGAGUCGCCUCGCCGGUGUUUCGCUGGUUCACCCUGUCUCAGCCGCAGCCGCAGCAGCAGCAGCAGGAGGAGGAGGAGGAGCAGGAGCAGGAGCCGCAGCGGCAGGAGGAGCAAGAGGAGGAGGAGGAGAUUUGGAGCAGAGUAGUAUUUUGGCGGAUGCCGUGGGUGGUGGUUCUGGGGAAGCGAAGGAGAGGCAGGUGUUGGCGGAGCUUCUGGUGGCAAUUCAUGGCUGCGCUGUUAGUGCUGUUAGCAAGUCGCUCAAUAACAGAGCUUUCGGGAAGGCUGGGCUGGGAGGGGAGCAGCAGCAGGAGGGAAGCUUGCAGCAUUCCUUCUCCCCAGACUCUCUCAUCUCCCUCCGUUCCUUCUCGGACCUCCUCACCCACUUCCACUCCUCCGUCUCCCACUCGCACCGCCGGGCACACCGCACCUUCCAGCACCUCUCCCUGGGCCUCAGAAAGGUCACGGCCGCAGAGCACCGCGUGGUACUCCUCCGAAAACACUUGGAGCUCAAAUCGAAAGAGCUCCAAGUGAAAGAGGCUGCUGCGAACGGGAAGUUACAGCAGAUUGCGGCAGAGCAGGCGCUAGGGGAGAGACAGAGGGCGGAGGCUCAGGGGCUGAUUGCGAGGCUGGAUGAGCAGGCGAGGAGCGUGGAGAGGCAUAGGAGGGAGGCGCAGGAGAAUCUGGAGCGCGUUGAGCCGGCGGUUGAUGCGGCGAAAACGGCGGUGAAAUCGAUAAGGAAAUCCCAGCUGGACGAUUUGAAGGCCAUGCCGAAUCCACCGAGCGCGAUUAAACUGACGCUAGAAGGCGUGUGUCUGCUGCUCACGGGUUUGAAGCCCACCACGUGGCAGGGCAUUCUCUCUGUGGUGCGCCGAAACGACUUCAUCCCCUCUAUACUGGGAUGCGAUAUGGAGGCCAUUGAUCCGGUGCUGGUGCUGCGGGUGAAGAGAGAGUAUCUGGACGCACGGGUGAUCUCCUUUGAUGCUGUCAACAGGGCAAGCAAGGCAUGCGGCCCUCUCUUCUCGUGGCUGGAAGCAGCAGUGCAGUAUGGGGAGAUCAUUCGGGCCGUGCAGCCCAUGAGGGCCGAGAUGGAGCAGCUGGAGGGGGAGGCGGGCAGCAUGGCGGAAGAGCUGCAGCACGUGCAGGAGUCCAUUGGCAAUCUGGAGGAGCGCAUGGAAGCAUGCCGGGACGAGCACUCCCUCCUCCUCUCCGCCUGUGAAGCCAUGCGAGCCGACAUCCACCAAUCAAAGCUCGCCAUGCAGCGAGCCGCCAGCCUGGUAAAAGACCUGACGUACGAGCGUGACCGUUGGAUGAAGCAGCGUGAGAUGCUCAAGAGCCGGGCAGCGGCGUGCUUAGGCGACGCUUUGCUAAGAGCCGCUAGUUUGGCGUACCUGGGACCGCUGGAGCUCGCGGAAAGGCAGCGGCUUUUAGCUAAGUGGCAGGAGGUGGUGGGUUCCUGCGGGUUGAAGUUUUCGAAAGGGGGUGUGUUGAGGGGUGAGGCGGGGUUGGAUGCGGUUGGGGAGAGGGGAGGGGAGGGGGGUGAGGAGGGGUGGGGAGGGGUGGAGGAGGAUGAGGAGGUGGAGGAGGAGCGGGCGAAAUGGGAGGCGAUGGGGUUACCACAGGACGAGUAUGCGUUACAGAAUGCGGAAUCGGUGCUUAAGUGCCGGAGGGUGCCUCUACUUGUGGACCCGUCUGGAAGAAUGGUUGAAUUCCUUAGGAAUGUUCUCUCCUGCUCCGCCCCUGCUGCUACAGCCGAUUCGGCUACAGCCGGAAGCACCGAAUCCGCUACAGCCGAUUCUGUUACAUUUGAUUCUGGUGCUACAGCCGGCAAUGCUCCUGGUUUGAGUGACAGCCAGGGAUCCGCGGAAGUGAAGCAGGAAGGGGGAGUGGUCUGUGUGAGCGCACAGGAAGAGGAGAGUGUGUUGGCACGAGCAGCGGAAAAGGCACUCAGAUUCGGCCUCCCGUUGAUAAUCAGAGACGUUUCACAAAUGAGCUCUAUUCUCUCCUCCCUCCUCCUCUCCUCCCCCUCCUCCUCCUCAUCCUCCUCUCACUCCCUCCUCUCCUCUCCGCCCUCCUCGCUCUCCUCACCCACUCUCUCUCUCACUCCCUCCCUAUCCAAAAUCCGCCUGCUGAACCGAGAAAUCAACGUUUCCCCCUCCUUCCGCCUCUUCCUUACGACCGAGUCCCUUCUCCCUCCUCUCUCCCCCUCUCUCUUAUCCAAAACCGCGGUGGUAACCACCGGAAUCUCGCCCUCCUGGCUGCGUCAGCACCUGCUGAGCCGCGUGAUUGGCCGGGAGCGUGCUGACGUGGCUCAGCAGAGAGACCGGGCGGCAGCGCUGCAGGAGAGAUGCCGAAGGAGGUUGCGACAGCUGGAAGGGAGAUUGCUUGAGGUGCUGACGUCACCAGAAGAGGACGGGAAGGAAGCAGGAGGUGUGGUAACCGGGAGCGUGGCUGUCACACCUGCUCGUGCUGCUGGGAGUGGUGGUGGUACUGUCAGCAGCACCCCUCCUCCUACUUUCAGCAUGUUCAGUGGAUUAAAACGACCGGCAGGCAUGGCAGCAACACCAACACCAACAGCAGCACACACAGCAGCAGCAGCAGCAGCAGCAGUGGCAGCACAAACGCCAGUGGGAGUCUCUCUGUCUUCCCGGGCACUUGAAUCCCCGAUCCCCACGCCAGCCCCUCUCCCUCCUGUAAUGGACGACUCUACAGUCUCAAAAACUCUCGCUCAGAUUAAAAAAGACGCAGCAGCAGUCAAGGCGAAGGCUAGAGAGGUGCGGCUGGUAAUGAGACAAGUUGACACCGUCCGGACGCUGUAUGCGCCGCUGGCGGACGUUGGUGCGGCGGCGUUUUUCGUCCUUUCUGGGGCGGCUGCCGCCCUGCAGCAGCCGCUGUACAGAUUCUCGCUGGAUUUCUUCCUGCGGGCGUUUGACGAUGCGAUUUUGGCUGCUAGUGGUGUAUUGGGUGGAAAAUCAGCAGCAGAAGCAACAGUAACAGCAACAGUAGCAGCAACAGCAGUAGGACAGGCAGAUAGUGCAGUGGCUGUGAAGCCAAGAGUGCGGCAGUUGGUGGCAGCAGUACUGAGUGAGCUUAUAACGAGGACAGCAGAGGCAACAGAGUACCGGCACCACCUGCCUGUGGCUCUUGCCCUAUCCCGCUGCGCCAGGCUGGCAGAUGACGUGGACUGGGUAGGCUUGGCUACAACCGUCUCUGCAAAAUAUGCUACAGGGCUGGCUAUUGAAAGUGAUGCUUCAUCUGAUGCUACAGCCUCUGCUAAAUCUGCAGAAACAGGCAGAGCAGCAGGGGAGAUUGAAGCUGCUGUGAAAGAGGAGCUGCAGCGUGCGACUGCUGGGACAGCUUAUAGCGAGUAUGAGGCCAGGAGGAGUGCUGCAAUGGAGGCAGUGGUUGGGUUCGUGGAGUCAAUGGCAGUCAACGCUGGUCAAACGGACAUUGCUGGUAGGCAACUGGUGGAGGCAGUUAUCAGACCUAGGGUUGUAGCAGUGGCUAUGGGAUCAGACGAUGCAGUGGCAGAAGCACAGAGGGCGGUGGAAGGAGGGGCGAGGGAGGGGCGGUGGGUGGUGCUAUGCAAUGCCCACCUGGCCCUAUCAGUGCCCAGGCACGCUGCGUGGCUGCAGCUGCUGCUCAACUCGUUACAGUCACGCGCUCUGUCGGUGCCACUGCAUCGUGAUUUCCGGCUGGUGCUGACGGUGGAAGCAGCGGGGGCGGCUGUGAGGCUGAUGCCUCCCAAGCUGGUGGAGGCGUGUGACGUUCUGGUCAUGGAGGCACCGGCAGGAGUCAAGGGCAGCAUGCAGAGAUCUCUGGAUUCCAUUCUCUCGCUCUCGGCCAGAGGUAGCAGCCAGUGGAGCGAGCAGCAGGGAAAGAGAAACCCGGAGGAAGAAGCAGAGAGGGGCAGCGGGCGGAGUGGGGUUGCUGUGGAAAAGAGGCGGCAGGGGAAGCAGCAGCAGCAGAUGCUGCAAGUGCGAGGGGGAGAUGAGCAGGAGGAGGGGGAGGAGAGGCAGAGGCGGAGGCAGAUGCUGCGGGUGCGAGUGGGAAUGGCAUGGGUUCAUGCAGUGCUGCAGGAGCGAGUGCACUACGUGCCCCGGGGGUGGCUGUGCCCUUACACCUUCAUGGAUCAUGUAAUGGGUGCAUGCGGUGCUAUAGGAGGAAAUGCACUAUGUGCCCCGGGGGUGGCUGUGCCCUUCACCCUUUGUCACCCUUUGUCAUCCCCUCCCACCCCUUCCCACCCCUUCAAGGAUCUCACCUGGGCGCUCUCCCUGCUCCAAGCCAGGCAAGCAGACAGCCCUGUCAACCUGACGCCCCUCAACUGCCUACCAGCAGUGCGAACCCUGCUACUCGACAUAGCCUAUGUACUCAAGAUGGAGUCCCCUGCAGACCACCACUUGAUUUUACACCUUGUCACCGAUUCUCACCUCUUCUCGCCGUUUCCCACCCCUUUCCACCCUUUUCCACACCUACAGGACCUCACUUGGGCUCUAUCCCUGCUGCAGGCAUGGCAAGCAGACAGCCCCACCAGCCUAACACCCGUCAACUGCCUGCCAGCAGUGCAAACGCUCCUCCUAGACAUUGCCUACGGGCUCAAGAUGGAGUCCCCUGCAGACCAUGCCACUCUCUCUCGCAUCGUCUCGCAUGUGUUUGGCGAUCCCAAGGCGUUUUUCGCGCCACGAUUCGCCCUCUCUCUCGCUCCUGCUGCUCCUGGUGGUGGUGCGGCUGCUGGUGAUGCGGUAAUCAGCGUGUCGGCGUUACUCAACUUACUGGAUGAGGACAGUGAGGAGGCGUAUACCAGCUGGGUCCAAUCACUGCCUGCCACAUGUCCACCUGAGUGGCUGGGGCUGAAGGCUGGGGAGGAUAGUGUUAGCAAGGGCUGUAGCGGCAACAGCAAGGGCUGUAGCGGCAGCAGCAGGGCAGCAGGGCAGCAGAGCGCAUGGCGCGCAGCAGGGCUGCAGGACGCGCGGGGCGCGCAGGGCACGCAGGGCAGCAGGACAGCAAGGCGCGCGGGGCGCGCAUGGCUGCAGGGCGCGCGGGGCGCACAGGGCAGCAGGGCAGCAGGGCGCACAGGGCUGCAGGGCAGCAGGGCGCACAGGGCUGCAGGGCAGCAGGGCGCGCGGGGCGCACAGGGCUGCAGGGCGCGCGGGGCGCACAGGGCAGCAGGGCAGCAGGGCGCGCAGGGGAUGGAGGAGAAAGGGGGGGCGGGGGGGGGCUAG